AUGGCGCUGCAGUUCGGCGGGGCGGGCGCGCCAGGCGCAGCCGAGGAGCCGGCGUUGGUGGGGGGGAGCUUCGGGGCUGCGGACUCGUUCCCCAAGGACUUCGGCUACGGGGAGGAGGAGGAGGAGGCGGAGCUGGAGGGAGGCCCGGGGCCCGGUGGGCCCGGGGGCGGCGCGGGCGGGCCCGGCGGCGGCGCGGGCGGGGCGGACUCCAAGCCGCGGAUUCUGCUCAUGGGGCUGCGGCGCAGCGGGAAAUCUUCCAUCCAGAAGGUGGUGUUUCACAAAAUGUCUCCCAAUGAGACUCUGUUCUUGGAAAGUACCAACAAAAUCUACAAGGAUGAUAUUUCCAACAGUUCAUUUGUGAACUUCCAAAUAUGGGAUUUUCCUGGACAGAUGGACUUUUUUGAUCCAACAUUUGAUUAUGAGAUGAUCUUCAGAGGAACAGGUGCUCUAAUAUAUGUUAUUGAUGCCCAGGAUGACUACAUGGAAGCUUUAACAAGACUCCACAUUACAGUUUCAAAAGCCUACAAGGUCAACCCAGAAAUGAACUUUGAAGUUUUUAUUCAUAAAGUUGAUGGUUUAUCAGAUGACCAUAAAAUAGAAACUCAGAGGGAUAUUCAUCAGAGGGCUAAUGAUGAUCUUACAGAUGCUGGGCUUGAAAAACUUCACCUUAGCUUUUAUUUGACCAGUAUCUAUGACCAUUCAAUAUUUGAAGCCUUCAGUAAAGUGGUACAGAAGCUCAUUCCACAGCUGCCAACCCUGGAAAAUCUACUUAAUAUCUUCAUAUCAAAUUCAGGCAUUGAAAAAGCUUUUCUCUUCGAUGUAGUCAGCAAAAUCUACAUUGCAACAGACAGUUCUCCUGUGGACAUGCAGUCAUAUGAGUUGUGCUGUGACAUGAUUGAUGUAGUCAUAGAUGUUUCCUGUAUAUAUGGGUUAAAAGAAGAUGGCACUGGAAGUGCUUAUGAUAAAGAGUCAAUGGCAAUUAUCAAGCUCAAUAACACAACAGUCCUGUACUUAAAGGAAGUAACAAAGUUUUUGGCAUUAGUUUGCAUUCUUAGAGAAGAGAGUUUUGAGCGCAAAGGUUUGAUAGACUACAAUUUCCAUUGCUUCCGCAAAGCCAUCCAUGAAGUUUUUGAAGUAGGUGUUGCCUCCCACAGGAUCUGCAACCAUCAAUCAAGCACCUCAAAUAUGAAAGCAGUGACUCACAAUGGCACACCUAGGAAUGCAGUCUAGAGGAAAGCUAAAGACCUUGGGUAGACUUGUCAGCUCUUCACUCCAAAGUUUUGUGGAACAAGAGAAGAGUAGUCUGAAAGCCUGAAGUAUGUUUCAGAGAAGAGUGGUCCUAACUGUGGAACAGCAGAUUGUAACUCAUGUUGGGCAACUGAGACUACUGUGAAAAUACUUUGAGGCCAGUGGAGUUAGAAAUGCCAGUUUGAAAUCAGCUGUAUUGCAAAUGCAGUAGGUUUUCAGUUUGGAGUCCUCUUUUAACAGUCUGUGUCUGACUGAUUGCCUGGUCAAAACUUACAAACAAUUGAGUUGGGUUUUGUGUGAAACACUGAACAGUCACUUGCUUAACUUUUUAAAAUUUUUUUUUAAAUUAAUCUGUAGAAUAUCCUCUUUUGCUUAAGUUUACCUCCUGUCAUGCAAAAACAAAAUUGGUGUUAUUAAGGCUUGUGAAACUCAAGCUUUUUGCUUGCUGAGGCUGGUCUCAAAUCAUUCCAUUAAGUAGUUCUUGUUCUUGCUGGUGUGCUCAUAGUUCUCAUGAAUUCUGUGCUUGUUAAGUGGAUGCAAGAUAGAGAGCUCUGUUCUAGUGAUCAUGUGUUUGUUUAGAGAACUGACCUGGAGCUUCAUUCUGAGAGAUAGUGAUACUUUGCUUUCAGACCACACUUCUUGGUAUGUCCCCUUUGAUGGAAGGGAAGGAAUAAAAUCAGAAAUAAACUACCUGCUCUCUUUUGCAAAAACAUGGAUGUCAUAAAUCUGUGUGAUUAAUCCUAUUCAUGAAACAACUGCAUGGCUAACUAAACUGAAAUGUCUGCCAUCUGUUGGAACAAAGCAGCCCCUUUCAGCUAUUCCCAAGCAAAGAAAUUACCAAGUUACUGACUUUUGAUGGUGGAUCUUUCUCCACUCUCUGACUGAUAAUCAAGACAAUUCCUAGCAAAAUGUCUGAGGGUGUUAUCUGUGCAUGGCAAUUAAGUUCACUGUGCCAUAAUUUACUAAUAGUACUGGACUUUGGAAGUACAUUGAUUCUGUACUAUGACAAACACCCUCUUGUUUGUCUCUGUGCAAUCUGACUAAAAUAGUGGUUUUUCUGA